AUGGGUAAAAACAAUCUUGAAGAUAUAAAGAGAGAUAUAAUGGCCUCUUAUUAUCACUUAUGCUCCACCAAUGAAAAACCGAGACACGAGUACUGUCCACCGGGAAACGAUAUCUGUUGCAACUUGGAGCUCUUUGAGCACCCUGCACCAUUGCACCCAGAUGUGCAGAAAUAUAUCCUACCCAUCUACGAAGAUUUAUCUCGAGAAGAUAUACUCCAAAGAUGCUUGGGCGGCCACACGCAGAAUACUAACGAGAGUUUUAACUCAACCAUUUGGCGCUUCAUACCAAAGCACCUGCAUUCUGGACUGAAAAUCAUCGAAAUUGCACCAUAUUUGGCAGCCGGCUUGUUCAAUGAAGGGUAUGCUUCAAUUUUACAAACUAUGAGCACUUUGGAGAUCAUAAUUGGGAAGCAAUCAAAAACGUACGCCGACAAAAUCGACGAUCAUCGAGUGAUUCGACAGGAACGGCGCAGCUCUCUAAUGACCAAAGAGGCUCGAAAAGCACGAAAAGAAGAAAUUAAAACUACAUUUUCAAAAUCGGUGUAAGCGAUAACUCAAAAACUAUUUGAUUGAUCUUGUUGAAAUUUUGCACACGUAUUUAUAACAAUAUUACCUUAUACUUGA